AGCCGGCACUGGGUGCUGUCAUCGGUGAAGGGACCAGGGCUGGAUGAGCCGGGCGGCGGAGCCGAAGCGGAUGCCGGUGCCGCUGGCAGUGAGGGCGAGAUCUGGUACAACCCCAUCCCCGAAGAUGAGGACCCCCAGCCUGGGAGCUCCUGGAAGACGUGGAGCGGAGGGAGCCGUGACACCGAGAAGGGCGGUGGGGGGGAGUCCCCCCCGAAGACGGGUAGGGAAGAACCCCCCCGAGGUGGUUUGGGGAUGGCGGAGAGCUCCGGACCCCGCAGCGGCACAGCCCCGGCGCUGCCCACGGUUGGCCGAGGAGAGGAGCCGGGAGCCGGCAGGACCCAGGCUUGCGGCCACGGCACCGUGGUCCUGCCCCACAUCUUCAGAGGUUGCCGGGCCCAGCAGCUGGCGGUGCGGCUGCAACCUCGUGGCGUCCUCUACUCCAAAUUCACCUUGGUGGAGCAAUGGGAUAAUCCCGGUGAGCGGGAACCCCGGGUCUUCGGCGUGGAGCUGGGCCAGCUGGUGGAGAGGGAGAAGACGGCCACCAAGGUGCCCCUGCUCAUCCAGAAAUGCGUGGCCGAGAUAGAGAAACGAGGGCUGAAGGUGAGCGGGGACUUGUGCCGCCUCGGGGUUCGGGCCGCCGUCAAGAAGGAACUUCGCGACGCCUUUGAGAGGGACAGCGCAGCCGUGACGCUCUCGGAGCAGCUCUACCCCGACAUCAACGUCAUCACAGGGAUCCUCAAGGAUUACCUGCGGGAGCUGCCCACGCCGCUCAUCACCCCCACCCUCUACCACGUCGUCUUGGAGGCCAUGGCCAAGCGACACCCCCGGACCCCUCCAGGAGAGCGGGACGCUGUCACCCUCCUCGACUGCUUGCCCGACGUCGAAAAGGCCACGCUGACGCGGCUCCUGGACCACCUCAGCCUGGUGGCCUCCUUCCACGAGUUCAACCGCAUGAACUCGCAGAACAUCGCCGUCUGUUUCGGACCCGUCCUGCUCACCCAGAACCAGGAACCUCGGCGUUCCGGCACCGGUACCGGCACCGGCAACCGCAGCUACGCCCACUGCGAGGACAUCGCCAGCGCCGUUGACUUCAAGAGGCACAUCGAGGUGCUGCACUACCUGCUGCAGGCCUGGCCGGCCUCAGAGGGGAUCUGUGACCCCACCCCCCAUCUGCCACCGUCCCCAGAAGCUGCUCCAGGGCACCAACGUGGCCCCCCCCUGCGCCUGGACCUGCUGGAGAGUGCGGUGGUGGCCCGACACCGUCCCCGAGGACCAGAGAGCCCCCCCAGCAACCGCUACGCCGGCGACUGGAGCAUCUGCGACGACCAAUUCUUACUGGUACCCGGCCCGGCCGGCGACGCCGACUAUGACGAGGUGGCAGCUGGUGACGGUGAGACAGGGGUGCCAGCACGGCGGUCCCCGCACCGGCGGACCCUCUUUGUGGGUGAUUUCACCCUGGGCGAGGAACCCGAGGCGGCCUUCGGCCCCCGCCUCAACCUCAAGGACUUCGAUGCGCUCAUCCUCGACCUCGAGCGGGAGCUGGCCAAGCAGAUCAACGUCUGCCUGUGAGACUGGCGCCAACGCCGGUACCGGUG